AUGUGGACGGUCACCGACGAGUCCGCGUCGGCAGAGACCGGCACGAGGGAGUACCUGGAACCGCUGGUCUCACUGACCCGCGACCUGGACCUGAAGAGGCCGACGGGCAAUCUGGAAGAGGUGGAGCGGGUUGUGGCGAAGGACUUGCUAGGGUGGCAGGCCAAGUAUGGUGUGGACGCUAUUGCUGGGCUGCACACCCUAUGCGACGUUCCCAGGAGUGAGGAAUACCAAGGGAAGGUCCUGGAAAUGUACCACCGCGUCCCUGAUUACGUAAGCAGUGCGGUAAGAGAGAAAGCCUGGAGCUUUGCUGGUUUCCAGACGACUUCGAGCAUCCCCCAAGUGGAUGGGAAGAAGAAGGGCGUCUUUGCGCGGGACCGAAAGCCAAAGGGCUCGGAACUCAUCGCCCUGAUCCAUCUCAUUGACACCAUCCCAGCGAUGGCACGCCUUCCGUACCCCGACGUCAAGGGGACUCCACUCAAUAUUUCAAAGAUCCUCGCCCAUAGCCCGGCGACAGUCAACCACUGGGCGAAAAUCGCAGGUGCUCACUUUAAAGAUCUUGAGCUAUCUUCCAAGAACCGAGAACUAGUGAUUCUCCUCAGCACGGCCAAGUUUCGGUCUACCUACGAGUGGACGCACCACAGCACAGCCUCCGCCAAAGAGGGCGUCACUGAUGCGCAGCGCGAGGUGAUUGCGCAGGCCGGGAAACAAAAGGGUUACUUCUCCGGCCAAGGAAAACUGGAGUCGCUCGCAGAAGUCUUUACGCCGCGGGAGAAACUUGUCUUGCUGUUUAUUGAGGCCGUCAUCGACGGGCCAGACGUUGCGGAUGAUUUGUGGGCAAAGGUCAAGACAGAGUUUUCUGAUCGAGAGGUGGUGGAAAUGAUCACCCUUCAGGGAUUCUACUACACCUUUUCACGCCUGACGACUGUCUUGGAUGUCGAAUUGGAGCCCUUCGCCAAGCCGUCGAAACUCUAA